GCGGCGGCGGUGCCCGGAUGGAGGCACGUCAUUGUCCCCCGCCGGGCGGCUGGGCUGUGUGCGGCGGCGGCGGCGGCGGCGGCGGCCGAGGGGGAUGGAGCGAGCGCCGAGCCGGGUCAGAGUUGAACAAUGACCAUAGUUGACAAAGCUUCUGAAUCUUCAGACCCAUCAGCCUAUCAGAAUCAGCCUGGCAGCUCUGAGGCAGUCUCACCUGGAGACAUGGAUGCAGGUUCUGCCAGCUGGGGUGCUGUGUCUUCAUUAAAUGAUGUGUCAAAUCACACACUUUCUUUAGGACCAGUACCUGGUGCUGUAGUUUAUUCAAGUUCAUCUGUACCUGAUAAAUCAAAACCAUCACCACAAAAGGAUCAAGCCCUAGGUGAUGGCAUCGCUCCUCCACAGAAAGUUCUUUUCCCAUCAGAGAAGAUUUGUCUUAAGUGGCAGCAAACUCAUAGAGUUGGAGCUGGGCUCCAGAAUUUGGGCAAUACCUGUUUUGCCAAUGCAGCACUGCAGUGUUUAACUUACACACCACCUCUCGCCAAUUACAUGCUCUCACAUGAACACUCCAAAACAUGUCAUGCAGAAGGCUUUUGUAUGAUGUGUACAAUGCAAGCACAUAUUACCCAGGCACUCAGUAAUCCUGGGGACGUUAUUAAACCAAUGUUUGUCAUCAAUGAGAUGCGGCGUAUAGCUAGGCACUUCCGUUUUGGAAACCAGGAAGAUGCCCAUGAAUUCCUUCAAUACACUGUUGAUGCUAUGCAAAAAGCAUGCUUGAAUGGCAGCAAUAAAUUGGACAGACACACCCAGGCCACCACUCUCGUUUGUCAGAUAUUUGGAGGAUACCUAAGAUCUAGAGUCAAAUGUUUAAAUUGCAAGGGCGUUUCAGAUACUUUUGAUCCAUAUCUUGAUAUAACAUUGGAGAUAAAGGCUGCUCAGAGUGUUAACAAGGCGUUGGAGCAGUUUGUGAAGCCGGAACAGCUUGAUGGAGAAAACUCAUACAAGUGCAGCAAGUGUAAAAAGAUGGUUCCAGCUUCAAAGAGGUUCACUAUCCAUAGAUCCUCUAACGUUCUUACACUUUCUCUGAAACGUUUUGCAAAUUUUACUGGUGGAAAAAUUGCUAAGGAUGUGAAAUAUCCUGAGUAUCUUGAUAUUCGGCCAUAUAUGUCUCAACCCAACGGAGAGCCGAUUGUUUACGUCUUGUAUGCAGUGCUGGUCCACACUGGUUUUAAUUGCCAUGCUGGCCAUUACUUCUGCUACAUAAAAGCUAGCAAUGGCCUCUGGUAUCAAAUGAAUGACUCCAUUGUAUCUACCAGUGAUAUUAGAUCGGUACUCAGCCAACAAGCCUAUGUGCUCUUUUAUAUCAGGUCUCAUGAUGUGAAAAAUGGAGGUGAACUUACUCAUCCCACCCAUAGCCCCGGCCAGUCCUCUCCCCGCCCCGUCAUCAGUCAGCGGGUUGUCACCAACAAACAGGCUGCACCAGGGUUUAUCGGACCACAGCUUCCCUCUCACAUGAUAAAGAAUCCACCUCACUUAAAUGGGACUGGACCAUUGAAAGACCCACCAAGCAGUUCCAUGUCAAGUCCUAACGGGAAUUCCAGUGUCAACAGGGCUAGUCCUGUUAAUGCUUCAGCUUCUGUCCAAAACUGGUCAGUUAAUAGGUCUUCAGUGAUCCCAGAACAUCCUAAGAAACAAAAAAUUACAAUCAGUAUUCACAACAAGUUGCCUGUUCGCCAGUGUCAGUCUCAGCCUAACCUUCAUAGCAAUUCUUUGGAGAACGCUACCAAGCCCGUUCCCUCUUCUACCAUUACCAAUUCUGCAGUACAGUCUACCUCGAACGCAUCUACGAUGUCAGUUUCUAGUAAAGUAACAAAACCGAUCCCCCGCAGCGAAUCCUGUUCCCAGCCCGUGAUGAAUGGCAAAUCCAAGCUGAACUCCAGUGUGCUGGUCCCCUAUGGCGCCGAGUCCUCUGAGGACUCUGACGAGGAGUCGAAGGGGCUGGGCAAGGAGAAUGGGAUUGGUAUGAUUGCGAGCUCCCACUCUCCCGGCCGAGAUGCCGAAGAUGAGGAGGCCGCUCCGCACGAGCUCCAAGAACCCAUGACCCUAAACGGUGCUAAUAGUGCAGACAGUGACAGUGACCCAAAAGAAAACGGCCUGCCGCCCGAUGGUGCCAGCUGCCAAGGCCAGCCUGCCCUGCACUCAGAAAAUCCCUUUGCUAAGGCAAACGGUAUUCCUGGAAAGUUGAUGCCUGCUCCUUUGCCGUCUCUCCCAGAAGACAAAAUCUUAGAGACCUUCAAGUUUAGCAACAAACUGAAAGGCUCGACAGAUGAAAUGAGUGCACCUGGAGCAGAGAGGGGCCCUCCCGAGGACGGCGACCCCGAGCCCCAGCCUGGCAGCCCCGCCGCCGAAUCCCUGGAGGAACCGGAUGCAGCCGCCGCCAGCCUCAGCAGCACCAAGAAGGCCCCGCCGCCCCCGGAUCCCGGCACUCCCACUACCAAAGAAGGCGCCUGGGAGGCCUUGGCUGCCGCCCCCGAGGAGCCUCCGCCCGGCGCUGGGCAGGACAUCGCGGGGGACACAGCGCCCCCUGACCUGUGUGAUCCCGGGAGCUUAACGGGCGACGCGAGCCCGCUGUCCCAGGACGCAAAGGGGAUGAUAGCGGAGGGCCCGCGGGACUCUGCGACGGCGGAAGCCCCGGAGGGGUUGAGUCCGGCUCCGCCUGCGCGGUCGGAGGAGCCCUGCGAGCAGCCACUCCUUGUUCACCCUAGCGGGGACCAUGCCCGGGACGCUCAGGACCUGCCCCAGAGCUCGGGCGCGCCCGAGGCCACAGAGGGGCCGCCAGCUCCUGUGCUGGAGGCGGCCCCGGCCGGUCACCUGGAAGGGGACGCAGAGCCUAGCCCCGGCGAGAGGGGCGAGGACGCCGCGGCGCCGAAAGCUCCAGGCCCUUCCCCGGUGAGGGAGAAAAUCGGCAGCCUCAGAAAGGUGGACCGAGGCCACUACCGCAGCCGGAGGGAGCGCUCGUCCAGCGGGGAGCCCGCCAGAGAGAGCAGGAGCAAGACUGAGGGCCACCGCCACCGGCGGCGCCGCACGUGCCCCCGGGAGCGCGACCGCCAGGACCGCCACGCUGCGGAGCACCACCCCGGCCACGGCGACAGGCCCAGCCCCGGCGAGCGCCGCUCUCUGGGCAGGUACAGUCACCACCACUCCCGACACCGGAGUGGGGCGGAGCCGGACUGGGUCAGACACCACUACACCGAGGGCGAGCAUGGCUGGGGCCGGGAGAAGUUCUACGCCGACAGGCCGCGCUGGGACAGGUGCCGGUACUACCAUGACAGGUACGCCCCGUACGCCGCCCGGGACUGGAAGCCCUUCCAUGGCGGCCGCGAGCACGAGCGGGCCGGGCUGCAUGAGCGGCCGCACAAGGACCACAGCCGGGGCCGUAGGGGCUGCGAGCCGGCCCGGGAGAGGGAGCGGCACCGCCCUGGCAGCCCCCGUGCAGGAGCGCCCCACGCCCUCGCCCCGCACCCUGACCGCUUCUCCCACGACAGAACUGCACUUGUAGCUGGAGACAACUGUAACCUCUCUGAUCGGUUUCACGAACACGAAAAUGUAAAGUCACGGAAACGGAGACACGACAGCGUGGAAAACAGUGACAGCCAUGUCGAAAAGAAAGCCCGGAGGAGUGAACAGAAGGACCCUCUAGAAGAGCCUAAAGCGAAGAAGCACAAAAAAUCAAAGAAGAAAAAGAAAUCCAAAGACAAACACCGAGACCGCGACUCCAGGCAUCAGCAGGACUCAGACCUCUCAGCAGCGUGCUCUGACGCUGACCUCCACAGACACAAAAAAAAGAAGAAGAAAAAGAAGAGACAUUCAAGAAAAUCAGAGGACUUUGUUAAAGAUUCAGAACUGCACUUACCCAGGGCCGCCAGCUUGGAGACUGUUGCCCAGUUCCGGAGAGCCCAGGGCGGCUUUCCUCUGCCCGGUGGCCCGCCUCUGGAAGGCGUCGGACCUUUCCGUGAGAAAACGAAACACUUACGGAUGGAAAGCAGGGAUGACAGGUGUCAUCUCUUUGAGUAUGGCCAGGGUGAUUGAAAACUCAGCCUCAAAACAAAAAAUUCACUAGUUAUGAUUCAACGCGUUCAACAGAAGCCAUCCCCAGCCCAGCUUAAAUUAUAAAGAUAGAAAAUAACUGUUCCAAUCUGCGUGGUGCUUCUUUAGUAAAUACUGUACAGAUUUUACCAUGGAGAACUUUUUUUUUAGUUUUUACCUUUUCUUAAUUACCCUUAUUCCAAAUGGACGAACACUUUCUACCACUGCUGACCAUUGUAAAAUACCGUGUAUAUAAAUCCCAUUGAAAUAAUGCCCUGGAAUAGAACAUCUCAAAUGCUGCUUAAUUACAGACUCAGGUCGAUUACUUGUAUUUCAUGUAAUGUUCCUCCAAGUUAGACAUCUGGUGCAAGACCAACCGGGAGACCAUGGAAUUGUCAAAAGUACAAACUGACAGUGUGUAUAUUUAAUUUAAAGACUUAUUUAAAAACUCACAAGCUCUCACCUAGACUUUGGAGAGCAGUCUGUUUUCUGUAAUGUCUGAUACUAGAAACUAAUUUGCUUAUUUUAGUUGUAUUCAAGAUUUGAAGAUGUAUUUUAUAGACAAGUUCUGUUUUUGAACUUUGUGGAACUGUUCCAAUCAAUUUCCCAGUUAUGAUGAGUAUUUACAUUAUGAAUGUAUAACCCAGACAUGAUUUGUAAAGCCGACAGUAUGUUUCUAUUACACAACACUUUUUGAUACAGCGUCUCUUGUCUUCACUGAUACUGGAGUCUCCGUUGUCUGCUUGGUCCCUUCGAGUUUCUAGUUACAGACACAAUCAUACUGUGAUUUUAUUUUUAAUAUGGAUAUGCUAUCAAACUGUGAUACACUUAUAAUUCACUGGUCCUGCAUCAGGAGAUGGAGUGGGGAAAACUGUAUUUAAUACAGUUUGUAUCUGAAUAAUCUGUAUGGUUUAUACAGUUUGUGUUGUUCAGAGAUGUUUAAAGUUUGAUCUUUGUUUUUUUAAAGAUUAAAAAAGCACUUGCCCCACUGUAAAUAUACAGCAUGUAAAAUUUCUAUAGUAUAUAAAUGGCAGCAAAUCACA